AUCUUGUUGUCGAUCUCGAAUCGGUGUUUGUUGAUUGCUACGUUGCGACAUUUGCUGGGUAAUAUCACGUAUUUAGUAUGAAAAUUACACGACAAGCGUAAUGUAGGCUUUACCGGAGAGCGUUGACAGAAAGAAUAUCAAAGGAACCUAAAGGUAUAAUCAACUCAGUGCAAUGAAGUGUGAAAGAAAGGGUGAGGUUUGGAGCUUUUAUUCUGCUUUUACCCACGCCUGUGGCUAGUGUGGUAGUUGCUAAAUGUGCGUGGUAAAAGUGACUAAAUGGAAUUGCGGUACAAAAAAAUAAAACAAAAACAAAAAGUAGGAAGUGUGUAUUAAUAAUUGCAUUAAAAUGAAGUAACGGGAAGUGCAUGCAACAGAGCUUUUAAUUAAUAAAAAACAAUUAUUCAUUAUAUUUAUUUGCAUUAUUAUCCAGUAGCAGCUGCAAGGAUUCCAGUUGAGUGAUGUAGAAAUCAGUUUUGACUAUGUGCAAGUGUAGUGAAGAAAAUGAUGAAUGAAAUAAACUGUAAAAAGUCUAUAUGUAUAUGUAAAACAAGUAUAGUCAAGCAAACAUAUAAAGAAUUGAGAAAAUAAUAAGCGAGAUAUGUGUUUGAAUUAUGUGAAAUGUAUCGACUUAUGCACCUAUAAUAUGUAUGUAUGUAUAAAUAUCCGAGUGCUUAGUUUCUUACAAAAUUUUGAAUUGAAAGUGCGAACCGUUAUUAUGCGCGCCACAUCGAGCAAAGAGAAGUAAACGAAAAUAAUUAUGAGCAUUGGCACAUUCACAAAAACCAAAUCAACUAUAGCCUGCAGAACUGAAGUAAUAAUUAUGAACGUAACGUUGUGAAGUCGUCUUCUGUUUUUAUAUUUUUUAAGAACUGUGUUUAGGAAGUGUUGUACCCACACGCACUAAUGCAGACGAUAUGGGCACAACAUGGCCUCAGCACAUAUAUUACAAUACUACAACAACACAAGAACAAAAACUGCGGCAGCAUCAACAACAACAACAACACAAACAUUUUCAACAACACCAGCAGUUGCUCAACAUUGUUUCGUUCGACACACUUCCGGCACAUCGGAGGCAUGCCUCUUCGUUAACGAGCGGAAACAAUUUACCGACAACCCGUCAGCAACAACAACAACUACAGAAAACGCUACAGAAACAACAACCACAUCGAUAUCAACAAAAGCCUCAACAGAAAUAUCGACAUUAUUGUCCGCAGUUGCAGUUGCCGAGUACGCUUGGGUUCAAAGUAAAUCGACCACAAAACGGCAAUUCACAGAAACAACGAAAGGUGUGCAACAGUCGCGGUGCGAUCAGAAAUUGCAGGAACUCCAACUACAAGCACCAGCACAAUUUCAAACAUUGCAAACGUGUGAAAGGGAAUACCGCUUUUUGUCCUCGCCAUCGGUAUGGAAACAAGCUUCUGUCCCGAAACGACCGAGCUCAAGUCAACCAAAGCCGACGCUUCCGCGAAUUCAGCAGACUUACAAAGAAGAAGAUGAUGUCCAAACAUUUCCCUUUGUGGAAAGUAGAAGAAGGGGUAGAAGUAAAAGUGAAUGCCCUAGGUAUUGCAGUGUGUUGGACGGGGAGCGGUAUAUGCGAAAACAACAACAACAAAGAGGCCAUUCGGAAAAUAGAGAAAGAGUGUGGUGUUUUAGUGAGAAAAGAAUCAAAUGUAUUGCAAAAAUGUCAAGCGCAGCAGCAUCUAGUGCCGAGUUCAAAGAACUACAACAAAUGCAACAACAACAAGUAUUUAAUGCCACUGAUGGGAUUGUGGUUAGUGCUGCUGCAGGCCCAAGCAAGAUAUUUACAGGGAAUGGUGAACAACAUGGGCUACAAGCAAGAAAUUUCACGCACAUUACACAAAUACAGAAACACAACAACAAAAACAGCAAGGACAACACAACCAAAAGCUGCCAACCAGAGGAAACAAAACAAAAGGAAAAACAUGACGUGGCCGCUUGCUGUCAAGCAGCUAGUGGGCGUGGCUGUUGUUCCAAUCCGUCUGACGUUGCGUCAUGUUCACGUCAAUCUUCCAAAAAUGCUAACGAACAGCAACAACAACAACUACAACACUUUAAUAAAUCAAACGACUUUAAACUACAAUUUCCGCAACCAUUUACCGGCAGCCGUUGCACAUUCGCUCUCAAUAUAUCGCCUCCGCUGCCACAACAGCAAACGCAAGCACCAACAGCAACAACAACAGCACUAUUGCUAUUACAACCGGCAUCAACUGCAAGUGCAACAGCAACAAUCAAACAACGAAAUAUAUUUCAAUACAAAAACUGCAACAGUAAUUGCAACUGCAACAGGUGCUUUGGCUGUGGACGUUGUAAUGGAAGUGCGGCAACUGUUGGUAGCUCUGACAAUGGUUGUGUUGCAGCUACGAAUAUUCCAACACGCUCAAAUCGUUUGGCUGCACUGUAUUGCUCUGUACGUUCGACACUUCUGGCUACCGCGGCCGAUCUGCAAAUAUUCGCACGUGCUCUUUUCUCCCUCAUCAUCAUCUUUAAUAUGCUGCCAUUAUUUUAUGCAGGUGAGUGA